UGCCACAAUUACCAUCCCAGAUCGUUUCCGAUGGCCGCCAAGUGUCGGGUGCUGCUGCUGUCGGACGCCGACAAGGCGGUCCGCGACGCCAAGCUCACACGCUUCGUCCGCGACGCCCACGCUUUGCCCGUGCUCACUUUCAUGCGCUGGCGCCAGGGCAAGAGCCCGCGCAUGGUCGCCAAGGGCCAAGGCCAGCUCUUUGAGGUGCAAAAGCUCGCGGACGACCGCAGCCUCUUUGCGCCUGGCAACCUCGUGCUGCAAGAUGGCCGCAUCUUGCUCGUGACGCCCAUGGAUCCUCGCUUUGUGCUCCUCGAAGCGUUUGCGCAGUGGAAGCGCAAGGAUCAGUUUUGCACGCUCCACGAUAUCGUCGAGGCGUCGGGCGUGGACAUGCGAGGUGUUGACCGGUGGCAGCGCGAGGCGAUCUCGCUCGUGUGCGACACGAGCGACGACGAGGAUAUGGUCACGAUCUCGGUGCGCCCGAACGCAACCAAGAUCCUCUCCUUCCUGCGCCGCAAGGUGGACCGGAUUGCUGCGGCGCACAAAGCCGCUGCGGCCAAGCCCUCCGAGCAAGCUGCGUUCCUGUCGGACUUUACGCUGCCGCCGUCCGCAGCCCCAUUGUCCAACGACGGGACACGUACCAACAAGAGCAGCGAGGACGACGCUGCGGUGCAUCUUCAAUUUGCGCUCCUCACGCUGAGCGAAUAUGUGGAUGCAUUCUACCUGCACCCGGUCAUUGAAAGCUACGGGCUGCCGCUGGAUUCAUGGGACAAAGAGAAGAAAGCGGACGCCAAGCCCAAGGCCGCGGCCGACUUGAUUGCCAAAUACGACGUUCGCCAGUCGGCGCCACCGUCGGCGACCAAGCGUCCUGCGCCGGCAGCAACGGCAAAGGCAGCCAAGAAGAAGGUUGUCAACACUGCUGGCAUGAAGUCCAUCGCUUCCUUCUUUGGCGCCAAGUGAUAGAAGUAUUCUUUGCAUUAAAUAGUACACAUCGUAGUGGGUUGGCGCGGUGAAGGAGCCAACUUCCCUGAACUGCGCCUGUAAGGCAUUGGGUGGCACGUUAAACUAUUUAACGUCGACGUAAAACACCUCGCCUGAAUCUCAGCUGCGCGGAACCUGAA